AUGGUGGUGGUGGUGGCGGCGGUUACGGUGGUAAUGGUGAUAGUGGUUGAUAGUGGUGGCGGUGGCGGCUGCAACAAUGGACAUAAUCAUAAUGGAGGAGGAAUACCAAUUCUCUGUGAUACUCUAUCAUUGCCUAGUAAAGUGUUGUGUAUAAGUUAUCCUCCAUUGGUCCAUUUGGAUAACGACAUGAUACACAAUGCUAUGAUUCUUCUUGGUGAGAUUAAUCGAAUCAGAACAUUUUAUGAUAAGAAUAUCUCACUGGUUGAGUUUAGAAGCAUGGAGGAAGCCCAGCGUGCUAAAGAGGGCUUGCAGGGAAAGCUUUACAAUGAUCCCAGAAUCACUAUCGACUAUUCAAGCAAUGAAAAUGAUAGUUCUUAUCCUCAUAAAAGAACAAGUGAUCGAGGUCCUGUGUUGGAUGAACAAUUUGGUUUGGGUCCAUUUGGAAGCAAUGUUCCUUCAGGUCCUGCUACAGUCAGUCAAGCAAACAACAGUGAUGCAAGAAUCUCUGCUGGAAAGCACUAUUCUGUCCAUGACUAUAUAUGGCGUGGCAUUAUCGCCAAGAAUGGAGCAUCUGUGUGUCGUGCUGUCUCUUUUCCUAUUGGGGAAAGUAUAAGAUGUGAUCUCCCUGAUGUAGUCAACUGCUCAGCCAGAACGGGGUUAGACAGGUUGACUAAACACUAUGCAGAUGCUGCUGUCGGGUUCAGCAUCAUUUUCUUCUUGCCUGAUACAGAUAACGAUUCUUCCUUAUACGAAGAGUUUUUGAGGUAUCUGAGUUCAAAAGAUCGUGCUGGGGUUGCGAAACUUGGUGACGGAACCCACAUGUUCUUGGUGCCACCUUCAGACUUCAUUAGGAAGGUUCUGAAAGUUGAUGGUCCCCCGUGUCUUUAUGGUGUGGUUUUAAAGUCUGCACCUAGUGGCACAUCCUUUCCACCAGAGUCCUAUGAACCUCGAUACGUGGAUUCACCAGAGCUAACAUCCUCUCAGAUUGUGCAAGCAAGGCCCUUCCAUCAGGCAGAGUGGAAGGAACUGCAGGAGCGUCUACUGGUAUUCCUGCAUCGGAUAUUACUGUUGCGCCAGAGUCUUGGAGAUAUGUUGAUCGAGGCCUCUAACGUAUCUGGACGUUUGCCAUCUUAUGGUCCUGACAUCCCAGCUAGACUUUUGAGUAUGCAAGGCAGGUUCCACCCUGUUAUUUCAGGUCCUGGAUAUACUGAUUUGCCAGCGCUGAGUAAUCCCAAUGACUAUAUAUGGCGUGGCAUAAUCACAAAGGAUGGUUCAUUUGUCUGCCAUGCUCGCUGCACUGACGUUGAUGGAAACUAA